AUGGCGUCCUCCAACCAGCUGUCGGAGAUUCCACACCUCGUGGCCCUCAUCAAGACUCUAACAAACCCACAAUUGAAAGAUCUUUUGCGCAAUGAAGGGCUUGCAGUGUCUGGGGUCAAAGCAUCUUUGCAGCUCCGCAUCAUCGACUAUCUUGAGCGCCUUGCCAAUUCCGAAGGCAACGGAGCCCGGUAUGAUGCCCUGAGGCGACGCAUUUACCAGACCGCGAUCCCCGGCGCGUCUGCUUUCCAGUCGUCAUCUCCCAGUUAUCCACUCCAACCCCCGCCUGCUGGUCCGCCGACACCGUCGCACCCUCGGCCGGCACCGGCGGCUAUGGGAGGCAUCACGUCGCCCCAUUCAAAUUCACUUGCCCGUCUUACUUUCAAAGAAAGUCCCUUCUUCACGGUUGUGGCGCCUCUCACGUCGGUGAUGGAAUGUAAAGUCCGUGAACAAACGAGGGAUAGUGUGGAGUUGAAGGUCAACCUGACUCCGUCCACUGCCUCGGAUCUGGCAAUUGACCCCAAUCUUCGGGUGAUGGUUUAUUGUGCUGCCGACUUCGGGCUCAAGCAAUACACCAAGUCCGAUAUUGCAUUUCCCCAUCAAGUGGAGCUCAAGGCCAAUCUCGAUGAAGUCAAGGCCAACCUUCGUGGACUGAAAAACAGACCCGGUACUACGCAACCCGCCGAUGUCACAAAUUACAUACGCAAGAAGCCGAAUUAUCCCAACAACAUUGUGAUGACUUACGCAUUGACCUCAAAGAAAUUUUUCGUGCUGGUCAACCUUGUCAGACAACACCCAGUCGAUGAACUUGUCACGCAGCUCAAGUCUCGCAAGAUCAUUUCGAAGGAGCAAGUGAUCCGCGAAAUGAAAAACCGCGCGGAUGAUUCUGAUAUUGUUGCUACAUCAAGUAUCAUGUCACUCAAGUGCCCGCUAUCAACACUAAGAAUUCAAGUGCCCUGUCGCUCCGUGGUCUGCACCCAUAAUCAGUGCUUUGACGCGUCAUCAUUCCUUGAAUUGCAGAAGCAAGCCCCCACCUGGACCUGUCCUGUGUGUUCCAAGUCUACCAGUUUCGAGUCAUUGCAAGUGGAUCAGUACGUCGAUGACAUUCUCGGAGCAACUUCAUCAGAUGUGGAGCAGGUCGUGGUGGAACCAGAUGGCGCAUGGUCCGCGCCUAGUGAUGCGGAUCCAGUGAACCUAGGCGGAAGAACCCCCGCAAGUGACGAUGACGACGACCUCAUUGAGAUUAGUGAGCCGGGAGUCCCUGCUGUCAAGCAAGAACCUAUACCGUCGAGCAUGAUGCUAGAGCGAACUCCCGCCCAGUCGCAGUCCCGAGAGGCAUCGACGCCAUCCUCCGCGGCUCGCCUAUCCAGCAAGAAGCGACCUGCGGCCCAGGUCAUCGAUCUUACUGGAAGCGACGACGAUGAUGAUGAAUCGCCCGUUCCUCCGCUGAAACGCCAGGCUCUGAGCUUCGCAGUUCGCGGGCUGUCGUCGCAGGACUCUCACCAGCUGAUGGCCAGCAGCCCUCUUAAUGACCGACCUUACCCACCGCCAUACUAG